AUGGCCAGAGAAAGCACCGCGCCAACGGAGCCCCUCACUCCGGCGGUCAAACCAAGCGCGCAGCCACGCCCCGCACAUAUCCAAGGACCGGAAUUUGGGAGACCCUCGCCGAUCGGCCCGCAGCAGAACAGAUCAAACCACCUUUUCAACAUUCCGAAACCGAAUCAAUCUCGCGCCGAACACCAUCGACCCGCCGCUCCACCCCAGUCACGCCAAGAUGGUCCGCAGAGUGGUGCGCCUCAAGUUUAUCGCCCAUCGGGUACUGCGAGUGCUGCUACACCGUCAGUGAAACGAAGCGAGCCAUGGGAUCCGUUCAAACCGGUGGCGCCGUCGGCCUACAAUAACCCCCGUGGGGGCUUUCAGCAUGGCGCAGUGAGCAUCAAACGCCCUGAAAAUGUCACUUGGACAACUCCUCGAGCGCCUAGACCUAUUUAUCAGUCUAAGCCUCUUCCGCCAAAGAUAUCAAACGCGUCCAAGAACCUCCAACAAUUCAUCGAUCUCACGAUGGAUGAUACUGCUCCGCCUCCGAGGGCACCGGGUCAAGCUCCAAGAUUCGGAGCUAUGGACAUGAACGGCUAUGUCGAUACGGCUAUGGCACAUGAGAACAUCAAAGCUUUGCUUGAAGGCGCUUUCGAAGACGAGGAGGAAAAAACCGAGCCGAAACGCAAAACCAAGAAGAAGGGCGCAAAAAGGAAGCAGUCUAAGAAGACAUCACAGAAGAAGCAGAAGGAUGAAAUUGUCGUAGACAAGAAGAAGGAAGAAGCAAUCGAUGAUCUUGACGAUCUUGCUGCUCAACUUCAAGGUGUUACGGUCAAUGACCAGAAGGAUACUGAUGCCGACUCUGUGAAUGAUACACCCACCAAAGGCAAGGAGGCCGAUAAGGAGUUAGAUGACGACGAGAAGGAGGAUGAGGAUGAGGAAGAGGAGGAAGAGGAGGAAGAGGAGGAGGAGGAGGACGAUGAUGAUGGUGUUGUCGAAGGUUUGAAAGUCACCCUACUACCACAUCAAAUCGAGGGUGUGAGAUGGAUGUGUGACAAAGAGACUGGCCGAAAGACUACCAAAGGAAUUUUCCCUAAAGGUGGAAUCCUUGCAGAUGAUAUGGGUCUGGGGAAAACCGUGCAAGCGGUUGCUCUGAUGCUCAAAAACCGCAAAUCCGACCAUGAACACAGCGAUAACACCGAGGAAGAGGGAAAGACGACAAAGCUUCCCCCAAACUGCAUUGCUUCUACUCUGGUUGUUGCACCUCUUGCCUUGAUCAAACAAUGGGAAUCCGAAAUCAAGGACAAAGUUGAGCCAUCCCAUAAGCUCCGUGUUUGCAUCUACCAUGGUGCAACACGCGCUAAGGCUUCGACUACUUUGGACAAAUACGACGUGGUGAUCACCACUUACGGAACCCUUACUUCUGAGUUCAACUCAUCGGCGUCAGAUAAGGCGAAGAAGGCCGGAAUUUUCGCGGUCCACUGGUAUCGCAUCAUUCUCGACGAAGCACACACAAUCAAAAAUCGUAACGCCAAGGCCACACAGUCAGCAUAUGCCCUGGAUGCUCAGUAUCGCUGGUGCUUGACUGGAACUCCGUUGCAGAACAACCUGGAUGAGUUGCAGAGUUUGAUCAAAUUCCUUCGCGUCAAGCCCUAUGAUGACCUAGCUGCCUGGAGAGAUCAAAUUAGCCGGCCUUUGAACAAUGGCCGCGGAGGUCUUGCUAUUCAGCGACUGCAGGUUUAUCUCAAGGCAUUUAUGAAGCGACGAACGAAGGAUGUCCUGCGACUCAACGAUGAGGUCAAAGUUGGUGAAGAAGCACCAGACGGAAAACCAAAGAAGUCGUCCAAUGGAUUCCAAAUCAAGAAGCGCGAGGUUAUCAAGGUUGCCGCUGAAUUCAUGCCAGGCGAGAUGAACUUCUACAAGCGUCUUGAACAGCGCACGGAUAAUAGCCUUGGCCAGAUGAUGGGUGGUGGUAAGGUGGAUUACGCUGGGGCUUUGGUUCUACUGUUGCGUCUGCGUCAGUCUUGCAACCAUCCAGACUUGGUCAAAGGCGAUUUGGCCAAGGACAAGGACGUUCUUUUGCAGAAUGGGAGUACAAACAGCCAGCCAACACAGCCAAAGCCGGAUGACCUUGACAGCAUCGCUGAUCUUUUCGGCGCCAUGAGUGUCGUCGCAAAGAAGUGCGAUGUUUGCCAAACGGGUCUCAGUCAAGAUGAGAUCAAGGCUGGUGGCAGCCGAUGCGGCGAAUGUGAAGCCGACCUGAACAUUAACGUCAUGGGCACAGACAAAAAGAAGAAAAAGAAGUCGAAGAAGGGUCACCACAAGACGCUUGACGUUCCGGAUUCCCCCUCGGCCCGUAAAUCAGAGACCCAAAUCGCUCGUUCUCGCAAAAAUCGCCGAAUCGUUCUUGACAGCGAUGACGAAGAUGAAGAAGGGGAAUGGGUUGUACCCGAAGACCAGCGUAAGAUGCCCAGUCUCGGGCAAGUAGGUGGUGUGGACGAUGAAAACGCCGAAGGAGGUGGCGAGUGGCUUAACUCGGAGGACGAAACGGAUGAUGAGGUAGAGUCGCCUUCCAGAAGGAAGAGUCCGCCUAUAGUUCUGAGUGAUUCCGAGGACGAAACCGACUCUGAGGCGGAAGACAUCUACGAUGAUGAAGGGGAAAAUGGAGAGUUGCCAUCCACCAAGAUCCGUCAUCUCAUGCGGAUCCUCAACCGUGAGGCCCCCGACUUCAAAUUCAUCGUCUUCUCGGUCUUCACUUCUAUGCUUGACAAGAUCGAGCCCUUCUUGAAACGGGCCAACAUCGGUUUCGCUCGUUACGAUGGUGCAAUGGCAAACAACCACCGCGAGGCUAGUCUUGAAAAACUCCGAAAUCACAGUGGCACUCGUGUGCUGCUCUGCAGUCUGCGUGCUGGUGCCUUGGGUCUUAACCUCACAGCUGCCAGCCGCGUCGUCAUCUUGGAGCCUUUCUGGAAUCCCUUUGUAGAGGAGCAAGCUAUCGAUCGUGUCCAUCGCCUGAAUCAGACCAUUGACGUGAAAAUCUACAAGAUGGUCAUCAAGGGCACCGUGGAAGAGCGAAUUGUUGCCUUGCAAGACCGCAAGCGCGAACUGGCCAAUGCCACAAUUGAGGGCAAGACUGGCGCGGGCAAGCUCACCAUGCGCGACAUGAUGGCUCUCUUUGGUCGGGAUGCAGAAUCCCGAUUCACUGAUAACCAGGGCACCCUUGACUUCAACCAGCCUACGCGCCUGCUGAAUGCUGGUGAUGAGCCUGCGCCGACACCUUCGAUUUCUCGAGAGUCAUCAGUGUCUGACCCACGCAACCGGGGACGUGAGUCCCAGUCCAGCCGGCCGCGAAAGGAAGACUCGAUUUAUGGCCGGCGCUGGUGA